AUGACAACGACGAGCAAGGCGAUUCAAAAGGGCAAUCGAGAAUCGCGCGUGUCUCGCCCGUCUCGAUCCGCCGGAACGUGCAAAACGUGCACUCCCUGUCGCCAGAAAAAAGUCAAAUGCGACGGGACCAAGCCGCAUUGUCUCGAGUGCAGCACCGGGGGCCUCAAUUGUGUCUAUCCUCAUGACGCCAGACGCGAACCAAGGCCAUCAAAGGCCCGCGUGCAGAGUCUUGAGGCCACGGUGAUAGCCAUGCUUCAGCACAUGAAGACAUCCGGGAUUAUCCCGCCUAAUAUGCAACCCGGAGACUGGAUGCCGCGUGAAAAUGGGAAUUUCGAUAGCGAUAAUGCGGGCAUUUUUGCUAUCGGGAAUGUUGAGGAUGUGCGUAAUCCUCUUUCCCAAGAUGGCAGCCUAGUUCAUCUCGCGUCAACUGCAGCCAUUGCCAGCCCGCUACCCACUCCGUCCACAUCGGUAUCAGGGACGGGCAAGCAUGGCUUACCUUCAUACUUUUUGUCCCCCAGGGCGUCAGCACAUACCAGCUCCUCAGAGUACCUGCAUGAAUACUCGGGGGCAAAUACCAUGCAGAAUGAGGAUACACAGCCAGAAGUUGUGACGUCUCUAUCUCUUCCAGAACAUGCGCUUCCUCCAACGCCGACAAAUGUUACUGCCAGGCCUGACGUUCAAGGCCAGGUACAAGGACAAACUCUUAGCACAGGUAUAGCCAAAGAAAACGAUACUACUGCUGCCACUGGUACUGGAGGCGUGUCGGGCAUGUCUCCUUGUGAAGCUCGCGUUGCCGGGGCGUUUCAUGAACACGGGUGUGUCUCAUCAGUCCACGGUCUAGCCAGCAUUAUGAAUCCAGUGUCAAGGGCACAGCAUAAAGAAACCAUAUCCAAAAUGACAUGGAAAGGCGACAGCGCUAUUGCGGCCUCCAAAGCGCGACUCAUCAGCAAUGCCGCUCUCCAACGGCAGCAGGAGCCUCGCAUCUUUCGUCAACCAGCCAAUCUCGUUGACCUUGAUGGCUGUGCUCCUGAGCUGGCAAAACAUCUUCUGGACCUCCACUUCAACCGACAGCAUUACGCCUAUCUCGUCUCUUACCGGCCGGCCAUCACGGAGAGUUUAGUCAAUGGCGGUGGACCCUGGAUGAAUAAACUACUACUCAAUGCAAUCUACUACUCCAGCACACUUUAUAGUGACAGGCAAGGCUUAAGAUCAGACCCGGACGACCCAAAUAGCACCGGAUCCCACUUUUAUAGGAGGUUUCGCCAGCUACUGGCGGAUGAGAUUGACAAGCCCAGUAUUCCAUCUGCACAGGCUUUGCUGUUGACAAGUGCAACCUUAGUAUCCCAUGGAAGAUCAAGUGCUGGCUGGAAUCUGUCUGGGACAGCAUAUCGCAUGAUCAUUGAUAUGGGCUGCCACUUGAUGCUUGGUCCCGAUUACCAGAGCAUGUCGAAAGCAGGCCACGGCCAGCUUUUUAGACGAGAUCUAGAGCAGGAAAUGCGCAAGCGAUUGUACUGGGGCGCUUUUGUCACUGAUGCCACCCAGUCGCUCUAUCUGGGCCGGCCAUGCAUGUUUGCUGCCGCCGAAGCGAGAGUGCCAUUGUCGUUUCUUGACACUUUUGAGGAACUCGAGGAAUGGGAACCGUAUAUUGACCCUUUAUCUCCUGUGGAGCCGCCACCAGCCUAUGCGCCACAAGCUGCGCAUGCUGUCUCAACUUUCAGCUGGCUUGCUCGUCUUUUUCAGAUUUCGACUCGAAUCACAGACCUGUAUGGCCUGCAAGCAAUCAAAUGCAGCUCGGAGUAUCUGCAAGACAAGAAAGUUUCGAUUGAAAAAGACCUCGACUACUGGAGAACUUCAUUGCCGGCCCACCUAAGAUUCGAUCCGGAUGGACCUUUUACGCCACCACCGCACCAAAUAACACCACACACGACCCACCAUGCCUUGACUAUUCUCCUCCAUCGUGCAUUUCUGGAAGAAGGCCAUCUCCACCGCCAUUGUGACGAAGGCGGCCGCAGACGAAGCGAAGAGGCAUGCAUUACUAGUGCACUAGCGAUUCAGAAGCUAGUCCGUGCAUACAAGAGAGCCUUUACUCUCCGCCGCGCGCCAUUUUUGUUAUCCUACGCUAUCUAUUCAGCUGUCAUAGUGAUACUCCGUCAAGAGCGGCACGAACGCGGACAAUUCAUGGAACCCAUCUCAUUCUUCUGGACUUGCCUGAGCGAGCUGCAGCACGGAUGCAACUUAGGUCUGCAGAAGCCACUUAGUAUCUUGCGAGAUAUGGUGUAUGAGUUCCAGGUCAGCACCCGAGAAGGCGGCACAGGUGAAUAUGAGUUGCCUCAAAUCUCUGGCUUGAACGAGACACUUUUCUCACUGCCCAUGACACAAAGUCAAGAAAACAUAAUGACAGAUGCCCUGAAAACGCCAAUGGCUGGAGAGCAAUCUCUAUCCCCGGAUUACUUGGAGAUUAUGAGCCAGCCAGAUCUGGGAUUUGGCACCUCGUCGCCGGGCUUCCUUGCCUCUUUGAAUCAGCUGGAAAAUGAUAUAUCGCAAGAUACUUUGUACGGACUAUUUGCGCCGCCACAGUUGUUUCAAUAA